GUAGAAAUCUACAGUAUCAAGAUGAUGGAGUGUCACAAUGCUGCAGGUCAAAGCUGACGCUGAAAAGAUAUCUGUAGGUAUAUCCAUUACCCCAAGGAGAAAACAAGAACUACAACUUCAAACAAUCAAAACAGAUUCAUCAAACCCUGAGUGAACCGAUCGAUCGAUUGUCACCCUUGCAUCAAAAUCUCCUCCAAUUUUGCGCUAAUUUAAUCGCCAACUCACUGGCUGAUGUCACUUGGAGUUUGAUAGUUGAUUUUUUGUGGCCAUUCCAUGUGUUCUCUACUUGUUGAUUUUGUGGAGCAUUUAGAUGGCCAUUUCUUCAUUGGGGCAAAAGCGUAAAAUCCAAACAAGCAAGGUGCCACUACUAAUGGAAUCGGAGCAUGUGAUUGAUAUUACAAAUAGCAAUGAAGCUUCCUCAUCUAGGUCAACCAUAGCUAGACCAGUCAACGGGUCAAACUCAAGUCAAAAUGAAGACCUACCAUCAACUAAUGCACAAGCUCCUAUUUCUUUUCCUAUUACUGAUGGGCUUAAUUCAAGAAACACGUCAUUUGCUAGAAGAGGGAAUGGCAAUGGCAGACGUAGGAGCCCGUUAAGUUCUGGUUAUUGGAUAUCUGUUGAAUUGGUUAUAACAGUGAGCCAAAUUAUAGCAGCCGUUGUCGUUUUGUCUUUGUCAAGGCAUGAACAUCCUCACGCUCCAUUGUUCACAUGGGUUAUCGGUUAUGCUUCUGGAUGUGUUGUAACACUCCCUCUUCUCUUUUGGCGUUUCUAUAACCGUAAUGCUUCAAAUCAAGAACCGCAGGCCCGACAAAGUUCUAGUUCUACCAGUCUGUCGGCUAUUGCAUCCUCUUUCACAUCAUCGUCAAAUGGAAGGAGUUCAGAAGGGGACACUCAUAGCACUAAUGGUACAUUGACAAGGCGUCUGACAAUGGCAUCAUUGAGUGCAAGAAUGAAGGUACUUGCUGAAUACUUGAAAAUGGGAUUGGAUUGCUUCUUUGCAGUCUGGUUCGUGGUUGGAAAUGUGUGGAUCUUUGGAGGCCAUUCUUCGUCUUCUGAUGCUCCCAACUUGUACAGGUUAUGUAUAGUGUUUCUUACAUUCAGUUGUAUCGGAUAUGCAAUGCCAUUAAUCUUGUGCACUACAAUCUGCUGUUGCCUACCUUGUAUAAUUUCGGUUUUGGGCUUUAGAGAAGAUCUUGCUCAAAACAGAGGAGCUACUACAGAAUCUAUUAAUUCGCUGCCUACCUACAAAUUCAAGAAAAACAAGAAUAAAAAUGAUAAAGAAACCAACUCGGAUGCUUGUGAUGGUGGCGUUGUGGCGGCUGGAACUGAAAAGGAACGUGUCAUAUCAGGAGAGGAUGCGGUGUGCUGCAUAUGUUUGGCUAAGUAUGCAAAUGAUGAUGAAGUGAGGGAGCUGCCUUGCUGGCAUAUCUUUCACACGGAUUGUGUGGACAAGUGGUUAAAGAUCAAUAAUUCGUGCCCACUUUGCAAGAUUGAAGUGGGUGAGACCAUUUUGAGUUCACUAGCAGAAGCAACUGCCAGGCUGCGACCUAGCCCUAGUCCGGGUAUGUUAAUAUGAAAGUCUGUCUGUUUGAUAAGUGAAUAAUGUGUAUCCUUAUUUGUGUUUUUUUUGUGGGAUGUCCAAGAGGGAUUUUUGUGUUGUUGAAAGUAUCUUAUAUGGUUUCAGAUGAUUAACCUUUAAA